AUGGCGGAUCGGAUUAAAGGUCCAUGGAGUCCUGAAGAAGACGAGCAGCUUCGCAGGCUCGUGGUUAAAUACGGUCCAAGAAACUGGACGGUGAUUAGCAAAUAUAUUCCCGGUAGAUCAGGAAAAUCAUGUCGGUUACGGUGGUGCAACCAGCUUUCGCCGCAGGUCGACCGCACGAGCAGUUCGAGAUCGGUGAGCGACGGCGGCCCACCUGUUGCUAAUGGGCUUUACAUGAGCCCAGGAAGCCCAACUGGAUCUGGUGUCAGCGAUUCGAGUACAAUACCGGUUUUGCCCUCUGUUGGGCUUUUCAGGCCCGUUCCACGCGCGGGUGGUCCGCUUCUAGGGCUGUCAAUUGGUUGGGUGUCCAUGGGUCUGACCCAGUCCAGACUGUGUUGGGUGGGUGUUGGGUGA